AUGAGUGCAACAAUCAAAGACGCCAAUGGAGCUCAGUCUCCAGACAUUCUAUCGGCAGCGCAAAAAGCAAUGUCUAGCAAUCCCGGUAUUGGUUACGAGAAAAUCGCUCCACUGAAUUCGACGGGGAUAAAGAUCAUCAUUGUCGGUGCUGGGUUUGCUGGACUUGCGUGCGGAAUAGAAUGCAAGAGGAAGGGCCAUGAAGUCUUACUUUUGGAGAAAUUUAGGGAGGUGAAGAUCCUUGGUGAUGUUAGUUUCAUCGAACGGUUCAAGAACCUGAUUAUUUCGUUUGGUGGCAACGCGGGCAAGAUCUUCGAGCGUUGGGGACUUCAUGACAUCAUGUGGCCACUUUGCACGCACCACGAAGUGCUUAUCUUGCAUAAUUCCGCAGGAGAAAUCAUCUCUCGACAAAGUCUACCUAACACGCAAUUCGGUUCACAUAGUUACAAUGGACACAGAGGCGAGCUACAUAAAUGUCUUUUCGAAUACGCGAAGGCGGUGGGUGUCGAGGUUCGUUUGGGCCAGGAUGUAUCGGAGUAUUGGGAGGAUGAGAAAAAGGGUGAGGCAGGUGUUAUUGCGAAUGGAGAACGUAUCUCUGCAGAUGUGGUUAUUGGUGCGGAUGGGGUGAGGAGUAAGGCAAGGAUGUUGGUUUUGGGCUAUGAUGAUAAACCGAAGUCCUCUGGGUACGCAGUCUAUCGUGCAUGGUUGGAUGCACAUGAGCGAGGUGUCGAUAAGGACCCCUUGACUGAUUACUUGGUCAAGAACGGCGAUGCAUUUUAUGGCUGGAUAGGUCCGGAUGUCCACUUCCUCGCCUCAUCUUCGAAAGGUGGACGUGCUCUGUCAUGGGUAAUAACUCACAAAGACGAAGCGGACAUCGAAGAAUCAUGGUCCUUCCCAGGUAAAAUGGAAGACGUCCUUGCUGUCGUCGACGGAUGGGAUCCUCGCUGUGCUUCAAUAUUAUCCAAGGCAUCCUCAUGUGUUGAUUGGAAACUUGUUUAUCGGGAUCCAAUGCCGACGUGGAUCAGCAAGGGCGCAAGGCUAGCACUCAUUGGAGAUGCAGCACAUCCUUUCCUUCCGACGAGCAUUCAAGGUGCUUCGCAAGCCGUCGAAGACGGGGUCACCCUCGCCGUGAUCCUCCAACUCGGUGGCAAGUCCUCCGUCCCACUCUCCAUCCGCACCUGGGAGAAAGUCAGAUACGCACGGGUACGUCGUGCACAGCGUUUAGGCGAAUCAACGCGGGAUAUGUGGCAUAAAGCGAAGCCAGAAGAUAAAGGCGAGGCCGUUCACCUUCCUCGACCUGAAUGGCUUCUGGGCUUUGACGCAGAGAAACACGCAUAUGAGGUUUAUGAGAGUACUGUGAGGGAGAUAAAGGAGAAAGGGUAUGAGUUACCUGUGUUGCCCGACGGAGAAGUUCUGAACUAGUAGAUUAAUUAAUAUAUAUUGGGGAUAUAUGUACGGUAUAUAUUGCUUUAGACAGAAUGAAUCAGUGGCU